GGGCCCCGCCGCUGUCAUUGAGAAGCCGCCGGUGCCCCGCGGGCGCGGCAUCGCUGCGCUCCCGGCCGCAGCAUGGAGCAGCAGCCCGCUGUCCCAGCAUGUCCCUGAGGCACAGAGCGUCCAGCCCCAGCAGAGGACACCGGGGAGGAGGCCAGGACGUGCGGAGCUCCCGGGCUGGCCAGAGGCACCCUGUGAAAGUUCCAGGUAAAUGGGAGAUUUGGAGACUAGCUUAAUCCAUACACGAAAAGCAUGUAGAAUAGAGCAAAUGGUAGCAAAAUGGCUUCAUCGCUCUCGGGACAGCCUGCCCAGGGGCAGCGUGGCAGCGAUGGACAGCGCUGGGGACAGUGCAGGGCAGCCCCCAAGCCGGGCCAAGGUGACGGUGACCGUGUACAAGGACCUGGUGCUGCAGCAUUACGGCUUUGAGAUCUGCCCUGGGCUGCCGCUGACCAUCGCCUCCGUCACUGCAGGGAGCACAGCUGACGGCAAGCUGCAGCCCGGGGACCAGCUCAUCAUGAUCAACUCCAGCACGGUGGAGGGCCUGUCGGUGGAGCGGGCCGCCAGCCUCAUCAGGGACGCUGGUGACGAGCUGCUGCUGACCGUCCUGCGCUGCACGGCCGGCGGCCCCAAGUCGUCGUUCCUCACCGAGGAGAAGAGGGCGAGGCUGAAAACCAACCCGGUCAAAGUGCGGUUCGCGGAGGAGGUGCUGCUGAACGGACACUCGCAGGGCAGCUCCCUCCUGUUCAUGCCCAACGUGCUCAAGGUGUACCUGGAGAACGGGCAGACCAAGGCGUUCCGCUUUGAGAGCAGCACCACGGUGAAGGACAUCGUGCUGACCCUGCAGGAGAAGCUGUCCAUCCGCAGCAUCGCCCACUUCGCCCUGGUGCUGGAGGAGCAGUACAACCUGGCCAAGAUCCACCUGCUGCACGAGGAGGAGCUCAUUGCUCAGGUGGUCCAGAAGAGAGACUCUCAUGACUACCGCUGCCUCUUCAGGGUGUGCUUUGUCCCCAGGGACCCCUUGGACCUCCUGCAGGAAGACCCAGUGGCCUUUGAGUAUCUAUACCUGCAGAGCUGCAGCGACGUGCUCCAGGAGAGGUUUGCAGUGGAGAUGAAGUGCAGCGUGGCCCUGCGCCUGGCUGCCCUGCACAUCCAGGAGAGGAUCUCUGCCUGUGCCCAGCCCCAGAAGGUGUCCCUGAAAUACAUUGAGAGGGACUGGGGAAUCGAGAACUUCAUCUCGCCCACGCUGCUGCGGAACAUGCGAGGCAAGGACAUCAAGAAAGCCAUCAGCUACCACCUGAAGAGGAACCAGGUGCUGCUGGACCCUCGGCAGAAGCACACGCUCAGCCCAGCCCAGGUGCGCCUCAGCUACCUGCAGAUCCUGGGCGAGCUGAAGAUGUACAGCGGGAUGAUCUUCAAUGCCACCAUGAUGCUGCAGGACCGGGAGUCGUACGUGGCGCUGCUGGUGGGCGCCAGGCACGGCGUGAGCCAGAUCGUGAACAGCAAGCUGAACAUCGCCAGCAGCCUGGCCGAGUUCCCCAGCAUCAGCAGGGUGGAGCUCAGCGAGGACUCGGAGCGCGUCAGCACCGUCAAGAUCUACCUGCAGGACCUGAAGGUGCUUACUCUGCUGCUGGAGUCAAACAGUGCAAAGGACCUCGUGUGCCUCAUCGCUGGCUACUACAGACUCCUUGUGGAUGCAAACGCCUCCAUAUUCACCUGGGGAGAGAAACAGCAGCAGCUGCACCGUGUCUCAGCUGAGGAAGGCUAUGAAUCCCGAGCCUGCAGCGACUCCGAGGACUCCUGCGAGCCGGGUUCGGGCUCGGAGCGGCGGAGCCCCGAGGCGAGCGGCGGCGCGGCACCGGGAGCGGCGGAGCCCCGCGGCGACACCGGCAGCGACAGCGCCUCCGAGGCCUCCGACUCGGCCAACGCCGAGAGCCGCGGCUUCAGGACCAGCGGCUCCAGCGACUCCGUGGAUGCGCUGGAGGAGGAGGAUGAGGCGGACGCGCGCCCUUCCUCCCGGCCGGGGCUGCUGCGGUUCUGCACGCCCGCCGUGCGGGACACGAGCGGCUCCGAGAGCGGCUUCGUGCCGGGGUGCGCCGCGGACAGCCCCGCCGGCAGCGGCACCGGGGGCGGCCCCGCGGGGCUGGGCGAGGCCCCGGCCCCGCUGCCCGAGGGGAGCGCCGGCUCCGGAGCGUCCCCCGCGCCCGGCCCGCCGGGGACAGCGGGGCACGGCGAGCCCGUGCUGCGGCCGCCACCGGGGUUCGCCGACUCCAGCUCCGAGGAGGAGUUCUACGAUGCUGCGGACCGGCUCAGCCCGCCGGCAGGCUAUGACGCUGCAUCCUGGGAGGGCACAGGGAGCUCCUCCUGCAUCCCAAAGAGGCUGAGGUGCUACAGCUUGGGGGAGAACCCCUCGACCAGGGAGAAGCAGGGCCAGGAGAGGGAGCUGACCUGCAGCAAGAGCCUGAGGAAGAGAAGGUCCUUCCUGAAAACUGAUUACACCUCGCAGGUCAGCUUCCCUGCAGCUGCCCCCGGCUCCGCACAGCGCUGCUGCUCCUGGCCACCCACUCAGCCCUCGGCAGAGGACACGGGGAAGGACGUGGAGAGGGGGAUUCCUGCAGCCCCCCAGGCCCAGAGGGACACUGCUGGCACAGAGCCCUGCUCUGCUCCGAGGGACACGCAGCCUGGCGCCACGGGGACAAAGUCGGUGAUGGAAUGGCUGGUUUCCUCCCUUCUGGACAUUCACCCUCCCGGUGGCCACGGUGGGGAGGAGAGCAGAGUGCAGCCACAGCAGCCCCCUUUGCUGUCCCUGGAGCCCCUUCCCCACAGCGCCAGGGGAGCUGCCCAGUGGAGCUGCCCAGGGGAGGCAGGUUCUGGGUGUGUGAGCCAGGAGAGCCCUGUGCCCACUGCGGGCUGGCAGAGCCCAGCACCACAGGAGGAGCGGGGUGAGGUGAUGCCCGCCCGGCACGAGGCCGGCGUGGUGCCCUCUGCUCUUGUGUGCCCUUCUAACAAGCUCCUGCUGCUGCCACCGGCUCCUGUGCCCAGCACGGCCCCUCCGCGGGAGCUGGCCCAGGGGCAGGGGCUGCUCCCUGCCAGGGUGGAGCCUUCCCUGGCUCCCUGUCGGGAGAGCAAAGCCCAUGGCCAGAGCUGUGCCACUGACAAGGGCGCUGCUGAUGGUCAGGGCCAUGGUGAGAGUCAGGGCUGUGCCCAUGGUCAGUGCCAUGGCGAGGGUCAGUGCCAUGCCCAUGGCCAGCUCCAUGCUGACAUUGAGGGCGGUGCCAAUGGGCAGUGCCAUGCCCAUGGCCAGCUCCAUGCUGACAUUGAGGGCAGUGCCAAUGGGCAGUGCCAUGGUGAUGGUCAGUGCCAGGCUGACAGCCAGGGCCGUGCCGAUGGUCAGUGCUGUGCUGAUGGCCAGCUCCAUGCUGACAUCCAGGGCAGUGCCAGCAGCAGCUGCGAGGGGGCCGUGUCCCAUGCCAGGGGCUGGCAGGGGGUGAGCAGGCAGACCCUGCUGAGGGUGCACGAGGGGCACACGGGGCUCCCAGACACAGCCCAGCUCCUGGCAGGCUGCAGCAGCGCCCCGGGGGCUCUCACCCACCUCUCCUGGCUGGCACUGGGCGUGAGGACAGCCCCGGUGUCACACAGCCUGCAGGACAGGGCCAGUGUCCCCCUGGAGCCCCUGGGCUGUGUGAUGCCCAGCGGGUGCAGCGGGGCCGGUGCCGGUGGCAGGAAGGUGCCCGCGUCCCCGGCAGCAGGAGCAGGCUGUGCCAGGGAGCUGGUGGGCAGCUCGGGGCCGGCUGCGGGGCAGCCCGGGGAUGCAGGGCAGCCGGGAGGUGCGGGCAUUGCGGCUCAGCAGCAGCCGCAGCCUGCUCGGGCUCCCCUUCCCCGGGGGCAGGCAGCAGGGCUGGGCCAGGGCUCCUGCCUGCCUCCGGCUGCAGGGCUCUCCAUCUCCCCGGUCCCAGCGCCCCCGGGGAAAGGAGCAGCAGACCACGGGGCGGUAACACACUCGUUGCCCUGUUUUAACCCCGAGGAGGGUGAGCAGACCCCUCUGUCCCCCGUCGCACACGGGCUGGAGAGCUGCGGCUGCCGCCUGCCCUACAUCAGCUGCUUCCCCCAGCCCCACAGCCAGGGGGAGGGUGAAAGCAGGCCCCCCCAGCUGCCAGGGCCCCUCACCUGCCCCCCGUCCAGCAGCUGCAGCCUUGCCAGGACCCCCGGGGGCGGGUUGUGCAUUGCUGGGGACAGGGCAGGGCAGGAGCCGCACCUGCGAGCGCUCGGGCAGCUGAAGCAGCAGGCGUGGGCCAGCCCCGCGGAUCUCUCACGCUUCCUGGCCUACACCGUGGAGCUGCAGCAGGUUGUGGGGCAGCUCUGCGGCAACCAGGCCACCCCCCUGCACCGCCAGUGCGCGGAGCAGGGUGCGGAGAGCAAGGGUGCCCUGGGCUGGGCUUCCCAGGACCUGCUGUCCAGCUGCCAGGCGCUGCUGAGCGCGGAGCAGCCUCUGCCCGAGGUGCAGUGCGCCCUGAGAGCCACCUUUGACCGCCUGGUGCAGCUGGCAGUGACCUGCUUCCAGGUGGCACACUGCCAGCACUGCGGGCAGCGCCAGCAGGAGCUGGGGGCGGCGCUGGGCCGUGUGGUGGGCACCUACCAGCGGCUGGUGCAGGCCCUGCAGCAGCAGCUGCACGGGCAGGUGUGCCCCGAGCUGGGCACCAAGCUGCUGGCCCGCCAGCACAUGGCCCUGGCCGCUGCCAUCCUCUGCCUCCUGCAGCAGUUCAGGGCGGCCCCGAGGCUGUGAUGGGCACGCUGAGGGGGACAGAGCCACGUGUGUGCCCUCUGCCCACCUCAGGCUGUCCCCCAGGCAGGGCAUGCCCACACCUUUUGGCAGGGCUCCCCAAGGGCAGCCUUGCCCCAGCUGCUCUCGGAGCACUGCAGUGUGUGUGUGUCCUGCCCAGGGCUCAUCCCACGUUCUGUGCAGCUGGUCAGGCUCGCCGUGUUCUCUCAGCUGCCUGUGCCACCCGUGGGGAAGAGCCCUUGAGCCUGCCUUUCACUGACACUGAUGGAACAGCGAACCCCACCCGGCCCGAAUGGGACAGGCCCGGGUGGCCGAGGGAACACAGUGAUGCCAGUCCAGCUGCUUUUCCGCAGCCGUGCUGGGUGCGCUGCUGCAGCUGCUGCUGCUGGCCCGCAGUCCCUGCGGCAGCGCCUCUGCCAGGCACGGUGGGGACAGGGCUGUCCCCUGGCUCGGGGACAGGUGGGGACAGGGCUGUCCCCUGGCUGGGGGACAGGUGGGGACAGGGCUGUCCCCUGGC